GAGUCCAAACAAUGUCAAAGAGCCAAUAUCGACUGAGAAGUGCUGAAAGGAGUGACGUUGAGAAUAUUUUAUUUAUGAUAAAGCAACUGGCAGAAUAUGAAAAGGAACCUCACUCUGUGGAGAUAACGGAGCGGGACCUUGAAAGAGAUGGAUUCGAAACACAACCUCCUUUGUUUCACGUGGUUCUCGCAGAAGUUUUGGAACAGAACGGUUGGAAAUGUGUAGGUUUUGCUUUGUGGUUUUAUGUUUAUUCUACGUGGCAAGGAAAAGCGCUACAUUUAGAAGAUCUUUUUGUGCUACCGCAAUAUCGCAACAGAGGAAUUGGCAAAGCGUUGCUAAGACGUUGCGCACAGGUUGCUCUAAGUGAAAAGUGCAAAAGGUAUCAGUGGAACGUGUUAACUUGGAAUACUCCGAGUAUAGAUUUUUAUGAAGCCGUUGGGGCCAAGGCUAUGAAGGAGUGGAUGCUUAUGAGAAUGGAUAAGUAUUCCAUGGAAAGAUUUAUAGAGUCAUCAACAGACUCCGUCUCGAAACAAUAAACAGUGGAAGAUAUCGAAAGAGGAUAUUUUAGGACUCGUUCUUUCCUUGCAAGUCUGCACAGGUUGACUAUUGAAGAAGAGUUUUAGAAAUAUCUCUAUAAAUUCGUAAAAAAGUUGUGACCCGUUCUUGCUAAAGAUGUGAAGGAAAGUUCACUGUUUCCGUCAAGAAAUAGGGUCUGCGUAUCAUUCGUAAAGGUUGUAAGUACUCAAGUUAUUCUUGA